UGAAUAAAGGUCUAAAUCAUACCUCCACCAUAGACGGAGAUGCCGGAGGAUAUCACGAGACGCAGAUAACACCAGAGAGACGGAGAGAAUCUUUCCGCGCGAAAAACAAGAACAGAUCAAGAGAGAGAAAGCUGGAAGCAUAUGUCUUCGUCGAAUGAGUAGAAAACUGCAACCACCUUCUCUUCUUUCUCUAGCGAUUGAGUCUGGUAUUCGUAAUAUCUCUCGUAUCCCUGAUCUUUCUUCUCUUCCUGAUCAUGUCGUCUUUGACCUCUUCCAGGGAACAGUGAGAGAAGGAAAGCUGAAUGACAAGAUUCUGAAAGUGUUUAUAGCUACUGAAAACAAAGAAGUUUUAACCUACAUUCAAAGGCUUGGUAUUAAGCGUGUCGUUCUUCCAGUUCUCCCAACUAGAUGUUCUGGAAAGUUUGAUAAUUCAGAAGGGUUGCUUGCCGGUGGUUUUUGCAAUUCUUGUUUCGCUUUUGGCUUGGUUUUUACUUUGUGUCUAGACAAAAUGUCUGAUUCUGCUGUGCCAGAUAAUGAAGUUGAUGUGGUAAUUGCUGUGCUUGGAGCAGACAUUUCAUCCUUUUUGGAGGAAUGGAGGGCAUUCUUUUCACGUUUCCAUUUGAUCAUUGUCAAAGAUCCUGAUCUGAAGGAUGACCUAAAAAUACCUAAUGGCUUUGACCAUGUUGUUUACACAAAAUCUGAUAUGGACAGAGUUCUGGGCUCCAAUCCCACUAAAAUCAAAUUUUCAGGCUACUUGUGCCGUUACUUUGGUUACUUAAUGUCUCGUAAAAGGUAUAUUAUAUCAAUUGAUGAUGACUGCUUUCCUGCACGGGAUGAUAAAGGCUUGUUGGUGGAUGCUGUGGCCCAACAUGUUACUAAUCUCACUACACCAGCGACACCCUUCUUUUUCAACACUCUUUACGACCCCUAUCGCGAAGGUGCAGAUUUUGUCCGUGGGUAUCCUUUCAGCCUUCGUACUGGGGUGGAAUGUGCCUUAUCUUGUGGUCUAUGGCUAAACUUAGCAGAUUACGAUACACCGACACAAGCCGUAAAGCCAAAUCUAAAGAAUACUCGAUAUGUUGAUGCUGUUAUGACUGUGCCUUUAAGAACUAUGAUGCCAAUGAGUGGGAUUAAUGUCGCCUUUGAUCGUGCUUUAUUGGGUCCUGCUUUAUUCCCAGGUCUGCAGUUGGCUGGAGAAGGAAAGCUUAGGUGGGAGACAAUGGAGGAUAUAUGGUGCGGAAUGUGCGCAAAGGUGGUGUGUGAUCACUUAGGGCUUGGUGUGAAGACUGGCCUGCCUUAUGUGUGGAGAAAGGGUGGUGGAAAUGAUGCUAUAAAAAGCUUGAAGAAAGACUGGGAAGGAGUGAGAUUGAUGGAGGAGGUAGUCCCAUUCUUUCAGUCAGUGAGAUUGUCAAAGUCCGCAGUAACGUCAGAGGAUUGUGUAAUCGAGAUUGCAGGAAUUGUAAAGCAACAACUGGGGCCGUCGAACCCUAUAUUUGCUCGUGCUGCUGACGCAUUGUUGGAGUGGGUUCAACUCUGGAGGACUGCUGGAUCUGUGUCAUCUUGAUUAUAUGGAGCAAGUUAGAAAUCCUGUCUCUUUAUUAUCUGUUGCUACUCUGUCCCUUGUUUGCCUAAAGUGUUCUCUGUUCUAUUUUCUGGAACAUGAUCAAGGAAAACAAGUAAAAAGACUAUAACUCUAGUCUUUUGAACCUACAAGUAGUCUUCUUAUUCUGGUUUUUGAACCUGCUCUUAAUUGGUUUGAUUUUUAAUUGAACACAACUGAUAGUGUGAAGUCGGUUUUUGAGGAGAGCAGCAAUAAAAUUCUAGUUCAUGUAUUGGCUAUUCUAUUUAUUCUUUUUAGUUGCA